AUGGCUGGUGCAGUCCCUUCUACCUUGCACCAAAAUUUGAAAUUUGUCUGGAAUCAUCAAGAAAUUGUGAUCCAUGGAGAGGGCAACAAUUCGAUUUAUCCCGAAAAUUCAAUUCCUGUUAUUGAAAGUGUAGAAAGGCUAGAUGGAUCUGUUUUCCAUAUUAAGGAAACCAUGUGUACUACUCGAGCUGAAAGGGUAAAGUUGCCACGUGUGCUUAUGAUGGUGGCUUGGGAAAUGUUGAAGAAUGGUUUUAAGCCUGGUCGGGGUCUUGGAGUGAACUUGGAUGGAAUAGUAGAACCAAUUCAAUUACCCGGUCAGAAGGAUACUUUUGGUCUUGGAUACGAGCCCACUCUUGAAGAAAUCUCAUUGGCUAGUCUCAAAAGGAAAGGUGAUAUUCCCUUGCCAAAGCCUGUCCCUCUCCUGAAUCAGUCAUUUUUCAAGGCGUCUGUCACCCAAGUACCAGAGAAGCUGCUGAAGACAACCUCGUGGAAGGUCUCAAGAAUCUAUUCAUUGCCGAGGAAGAAGUUGAAUGCAAUCAAUCAAACUAGUAAAUCUGCCGAUACUGUGAAUAUGACACGUAAUGAAACAAGCGAACCAAUUCUAAAUGCCGAACAAGAUUCUGAAGAAUAUGAAGAGGACAUGCAACCUGAAGAGUUAACUAAAGAUUUUGAACAUUUUGAGAAUAAGCCAAAACCAAAUUUGGAUGAAACAGAGACCAUAAAUUUGGGAGAUUCAGAAAUAGUGAGGGAAACAAGAAUUAGUGUCCAUUUAACUCCGUCACAAAGGGAAGAAUUGAUCAACCUUUUGAGACAAUAUAUAGACGUGUUCGCUUGGUCUUACGAUGAUAUGUCGGGUUUAAGCACAGACAUUGUUUCGCAUAAGUUGCCUAUUGAUCCAUCUUGUCCUCCAGUGAAACAAAAGAAAAGAAAUAUUAAACCGGAUUUGAGUUUAAAAGUCAAGGAAGAAGUCUCCAAGCAAUUUGAUGCAAAGUCAUUCGUUGAUUGCUUCGCAGGAUACCACCAAAUUCUGAUGGAUGAAGAAGAUCGAGAAAACGGCAUUCGUCACACCUUGGGGAGUAUACUAUUAUCGAGUGAUGCCUUUUGGACUCAAGAAUGCGGUGCCACCUAUAUGAGAGCCAUGACUACUAUUUUUCAUGACAUGAUCCACAAGGAGAUUGAAGUCUAUGUGGAUGAUAUCAUCAUCAAGUCACGAAAGAGUUCGGAUCACUUGACGGAUUUGAAGAAGUUCUUUGACGAGGUUGAGGCGAUACAAUUUGAAAUUAAAUCCCGCAAAGUGUGCAUUUGGUGUUCUGCUGGGAAGCUGUUAGGUUUUAUUGUGAGCAGGAGGGGCAUAGAAUUGGAUCCUUCAAAGAUAAAGGCUAUUCAAGAGUUGCCUGCCCCAAAGAGUCGAAAGGACGUGAUGAGUUUCCUCGGUCGACUCAACUACAUUAGCCGGUUCAUAGCACAAUCGACAGUAAUAUGUGAGCCAAUAAUCAAGCUAUUGAGGAAAGAUGCUGCUACCAAAUGGACGGAAGAUUGCCAACGAGCUUUUGAUAAAAUCAAGGAGUAUUUGUCUAAUCCGCCUGUUUUGGUGCCUCCAGAAGCCGGAAGACCUUUGUUAUUAUAUUUGUCUGUGUCAGCAAAUGCAUUUGGAUGCGUGUUGGGACAACAUGAUGAAACAGGAAAGAAGGAGCAAGCAAUAUACUAUUUGAGCAAGAAGUUCACGCCUUAUGAGGCCCGUUAUACUUUGUUGGAACGCACCUGCUGUUCUUUGACUUGGGUUGCACAAAAGUUGAGACAUUACCUGUCUGCAUAUACUACUUAUCUCAUCUCAAGGAUGGAUCCACUCAAGUAUAUCUUUCAGAAGCCCAUGCCUACUGGGAAGUUAGCCAAAUGGCAAAUUUUGCUAAGUGAGUUCGAUAUUGUAUAUGUUACCCAAAAGGCUAUCAAAGGGCGGGCAAUAGCGGAUCAUCUUUCUUUGAACAUCCCGUAG